AUGGCGGAGAGAAACCGCCAUUUUCAUAGAUUACUGCGACUGGUAGCUCACAUUUCUCUUCAGUUUCGCGUGGGAGUAGUUUUAGCAGCAGUCCAGUCACGUUCUGUUUCGACGUCAUUUUGCGUCAAGAAUGUCAGUGAGGCGACGACUAAAAUCAAAGAUCCACUCGCCGAUGAAGUGCCGAGUAAUGGGAGUCUUACGACUCCAGAUGCGUCGUCCAUUGCGUCAAGUAUCAAAUACCAUGCGGAAUUUACACCGUUCUUUUCUCCUGAGAAAUUUGACCUACCGAAGGCUUACUUUGCUACUGCGCAGAGUGUUCGUGAUGCUCUUAUUAUAAAUUGGAAUGCCACGUAUGAGUACUAUGAGAAGUUGAAUGUAAAGCAAGCUUAUUAUUUGUCUAUGGAAUUUCUCCAGGGUAGAGCAUUGCUUAAUGCAGUUGGUAAUUUGGAGCUGAAUGGUGCUUAUGCUGAGGCUUUGACCAAGCUUGGACACAAUUUAGAAAACGUGGCUCGUCAGGAGCUUUCAGAAGUUGUUGGAAUCAGUAAAAUACGAGUAGUUGCAGAAAAGAAAUCUUAUAUUUCUGAGCCUGAUGCUGCUCUUGGAAAUGGAGGUCUUGGGCGUCUUGCGUCAUGUUUUUUGGACUCUUUGGCUACAUUAAACUAUCCUGCGUGGGGUUAUGGAUUAAGAUACAAGUAUGGCUUAUUUAAACAGCUUAUUACAAAAGAUGGCCAGGAGGAGGUUGCUGAAGAUUGGCUUGAGAUGGGCAAUCCCUGGGAAAUAGUGAGAAAUGAUGUUUCAUAUCCUAUAAAGUUUUAUGGCAAUGUUGUUUCUGGGUCAGAUGGAAAGAAACACUGGACUGGUGGAGAAGACAUAAAGGCUGUAGCAUAUGAUUUCCCAAUACCGGGAUAUAAAACUAAAUCUACUAUUAACCUGCGGCUCUGGUCAACUAAAGCUCCAGUUAAUGAUUUAGACUUGUCUGCUUUCAAUGAUGGGGAGCACACUAAAGCAUAUGAGGCCCUAGCGAAUGCUGAAAAGAUAACUUUGCUCCUUGAUUGUGCACAUUUUAGGUGCUGCAAUCUGUAUCCUGCAUACUUAUUUGCUACACUCUUCCCUGGGGAUGAUUCUUUGGAAGCUUCUCUUCAAGAUAUCAUUGCACGUUUUGAGAGAAGAUCUGGGUCCCUUGUAAAUUGGGAAGAAUUUCCUGAAAAAGUUGCAGUGCAGAUGAAUGAUACUCACCCCACACUCUGCAUCCCAGAGCUCAUGAGAAUUUUGAUGGACUUGAAAGGUUUGAGCUGGAAGGAGGCCUGGAAUAUUACUCAAAGAAUAUUUGCACUGUGA